UCUAAAUACUUGCAGUAGACCAUUGGAAAUAGAAUGUAGAGCAACACAAUACAAAGACGUACCUUUGAAUGAACUAGAUCAGAAAGUAACAUGCAAUCCAGUAGAUGGACUGAUCUGUCAUAACAAAGAUCAAAGUGUACCUUUUACUUGUUUUGACUAUGAAAUACGAGUCAAAUGUUGCAUCAAUAUGUGUAAGUCUUCAACCACUGUUACAACUUCAUCAACAACAACCAAAGGAAGGUCCACAACAACCUCUGUAAUUACUACAGAAAAAGGCAGCACAAGUUCUGCCACAAUCACAGAAAAUCCCACAACAACCACAGUCACAACAAAACCCACCACUACCAUACCAGCCACAGAAAAAACCACCUCAACAACCAUGGCAACACCAACCAUAACUACCGAGAAGAUCACUACAGCCACAGUUAAGUCUACCCCUGCAGUAACAACGGAAAAGCCUACUGUUGAAACUCCAACUGUAACACCUUCAACUCCUCCAUCUUCAACAUCUCGCCAAACAACCUUAUGUUUCUGCAAGUACAUGGAUCACAUUUUCUCUCCUGGUAGCUUCAUAUACAAUAAAACUGAUGGAGAAGGCUGGUGUUUCACUGCAUACUGCAAUUUAACAUGCAGCAUCGAGAAGCUUGCUAGACCAUGUCACUCCACCACUCCACCAGUACCUAGCACCACCAUGUCAAGUUCUGGCACUACAACACAACCUGGCUCAACAACAGUCAGUACAAUAACAGGAUCAACAGCAACGCCUUUCAAAAACUGUUCAUAUCUAAAGCCACCUCGAAAGGAUGGUGAGUCCUGGAAGCUACACAACUGCACCACGGAAACAUGUGACAAUGGCAGAGUAAUCACAGAACAUGUACCAUGUAAACCAGUGACCAUGCCUGUGUGUGAAAAUGGGUUUGAACCAGUUAGGGUCUAUGAUGAAGAAGGCUGCUGUUUUCACUAUGACUGCAAAUGUGUUUGCAGUGGCUGGGGAGAUCCUCAUUAUGUGACCUUUGAUGGCCAAUAUUACAGCUUCCAGAAAAACUGCACAUACGUCCUGGUCAAAGAGAUCAUUCCCAAAUAUAAUUUUAAGAUUCUUAUCGACAAUGAGAACUGCGAUGCCUCUGGAGCUGUGACCUGUACUAAAGCCUUGAUCGUGUAUUACAAAGACUAUGAAAUUAUUCUAACACAGAAGAGAAUCCCAAAGACCGUAAACACGGUGUACAUCAACGGCAAGCAGGUAUUCCCAACCUACUCUAAUGAGGACUUCAUCAUCACAAGUACAACAGUUAAGCUGGUUUUGAAAAUCCCAGCAAUUGAAGCAGUUGUGCUAUUCAAAGGGCUUUCAUUCAGCGUUGACUUGCCAUUUUCUCUUUUCCACAACAACACUGAGGGACAGUGUGGUACCUGUGACAAUAACAGGAAAAAUGACUGCAGAUUACCAAAUGGCCAGAUUCAUCCAUCAUGCUCUGUGAUGGGACAUCACUGGUAUGUGCCUGACAAGAAAAAGCCCUAUUGUGAGAAGCCACCUCCUACACCAAUACCAACACCAAGACCUACACAAACACCCUGCAAACCUGCUAUCUGUGAAAUUUUGAAGAGCAAGGUGUUUGAGAAAUGCCACAAAGUAAUCCCACCACAACCCUUUUAUGAGGCCUGUAAAUUUGACGUUUGCCACAUGCCAAAUUCCACCGUGGGUUGUUCCAGUCUGGAGGCUUAUGCUACAAUGUGUGCUGAUGCAUCUGUCUGUGUAGCCUGGAGGAAUGCUACGAAAGGACAGUGUGAAUAUAAAUGUCCAGAAAAUAAAGUCUACAAGCCUUGUGGACCAACUGUUGUACCAACUUGCAAUGCAAGAUACAAUGAGAAGUAUGUACAACCAUACCCGGGGGAGAAGGCCAACCAGAUCACAGAUUAUAAUCGUUUUGUUGAGGGAUGCUUCUGCCCAGAGGGGAUGACUUUGUUCAGUUCAAAGUCUAACAUCUGUGUUGCCUCCUGUUGCACUGGACCUGAUGGCCAACCUAAACAGCCUGGAGAGACUUGGCAGAGUGGAUGUCAGCAGUGUAAUUGUGAUGAGGAUGGUGUUCAGUGUGAGCCUCGUACAUGUCCCACUCAAAAACCUGUUACCUGUACUGAGGAAGGUGAGGUGCUGGUGAACCGCACAGUGGACUGCUGUGAGACACUGACAUGUGAAUGUAAUAAGAGUCGCUGUUCCUUGCCAUCACAGAAGUGUGAUCUGGGAUUUGAGCUGAAGAUCUACAUGUCCAAUGAUCGUUGCUGCCCUACUUACCGCUGUGUACCCAAAGACGUCUGUGUCUUCAAUGAUACUGAGUACAAGCCCGGUAUGGAGUUCUCCAAAAACCUAUGUGAAAUAUGCCACUGUACUGACUCUAAGGAUCCUAACAGCAAGUUGAACGAG